AUGGGCGCCGACACUCCCAAAUCCCCUCCUCGGAGUGAGGAAGCGCAGAAGGCGCAGGAUGCUCAGGACGAAGAGCAAAUCGAGCGGACUCUCGCGACACUCCAGAAUGGCGGAGAGCUGGGCAUCACUAUUGAUGAUACCCCUUUCGACCAGUCUGGAAAGGCCGACGAUGCCCAAGACUUCGAGGAUAUUAGCGACGACGAUCUUCCGGACGAGGAGGAAGGCGAAGGCAACGUUGCCACUUCCAUGUCCGUUCCAGGUCUGACAGAUGACGGAGGUACAAGCAACGACACCGACGACUUGUUUGGCGAUGGACCGUCUUCUCCGAUCGAAGUCCCUGGUCCGCCGUCACCAGCCCCUCACGUUCACGAUCCCGACGACGCCGAUCCAUCACAAUACCGCGACAUUAACUUCGAUCCUGAACCUGGCUACGAAGCUGCCAACCAAGAUCCCGAGAUUCCUGCUCCAGCUGAGACUGCUGAAGAUUUGGUCAAGCAGGCCUGGCCGACCUGGGAGAAGGGUGUUAUUCUGAAAUGGAACGAACUCUUGCCUCCCAAGAAGGCCCGGUGGAUCGAGAAGAAGCCCACCAAGAAGCCAAAGACCCUUAUCUUCUCCAAGCUCACCCUGGAUCUUGCCGCCGACCAAGAGAAGCUUUUCCGCAUCCCCGGACCCGCGACUGUGACUCGUAAGCAGAGACGCAUCGACGACGAGUCUAGAGGACUCAUGUCUUGCGCUCCGCAAGAGUCUUCAGACGAAGCUGAAGCUGAAGAAUUUAAUCUCGAGCAAGAAUCCGAUUCGGAAGCAGUGGCGGGUUUUACGCUCCAAGACAUUGAGAUGGUGUGCGAUGACUGGUCCAUCCGUAUUGAGCAGGCUGAGCAAGACUUCCGCGAUCAACAAGCAAAAGAGGCUGCAGCCGAGGCAGCCGCCGCGGCUUCCGUCAAGCGUGCCCAUGAUGACGCUUUUGAUUUCGACUGGGAGGCUGAGUUCAUGGAAGAUGAAGAGCCAAAGCCGCCACCUAAGAAGAAGACGCGUCCGCCACCGCCAAAGGGCUUGCCAGAAAUUCCUCGAUUCACCGCACCAUCAUUCGACUCCUUUGAGGAUGUGACCAAGCGCGCCUCCAAGCGUGUCAUUCUCGAUUUGAACGACCCGUAUCUUCUCCUAGAAGAAGCCGAAUCGCAGCGUGGCCCCAAGCGUCAACGUGUGGAGCAGAAGAUGACGCGCAUGGCGAACGGUCACCUGAGACCUGAUUUAUCUUCUCGUUUCAACAUGUCCAACGACGAUGCGUAUGAGGCGCUCAAGGAGAACCAUCAACACAAGGUCAGAGCAACUCUGGGGAAUCUUGCCGUCGAGCACAGUAUGCCCGCGCUUAAACUGGCAUGGCCGUUCUACAAGGUCAAGCUGGACAUUCGACGAGAUGGAUUCCACCGGCCUCAUUUCAAGUUUGGCAAGCAUGAGCGUCAGACGAUCAGGUUCAGCAAAUUGGGCUUCCAUAAGCGCAAGACUAUGAAGGGAAAGGCUCAUGAGGUCUUCAAAACCACCAAGGACUUGGGCAUAACGGACAACUCGACGGCUGUACUCUUUGAGUACUGUGAGAGAACGCCACCCGUUCUUUCCAACUUUGGCAUGGGAAACCGUGUCAUUAACUACUACCGCAAAAAGAAGGUCGAUGACGAAGAGACGCCACCAAAGAUGGAGAUUGGUGAGUCUCACGUCCUCUUGCCCGAAGACAGAUCCCCUUUCGCCAUCUUUGGCGAGGUCGAAGUGGGACAAACCAUGCCUACUUUGCACAACCAAAUGUACCGGGCGCCCAUCUUCAAGCAUAAGCCGCGGUCUACAGACUUCCUCUGUGUUCGCAGCUCAACAGGCGUCGACGGAGCCAACUGGUACCUGCACAAGAUUGAUCAUCUUUACGUGGUUGGCCAGACUUUUCCUAGUGUUGAGGUCCCCGGCCCUCAUUCUCGAAAAGUCACGAAUGCUUCGAAGAACAGAAUCAAGAUGAUUUCGUACCGCAUGAUGAGGAGGAACGAGCACCAUUUGGUAAACCUAUCAGAGGUGACGAAACAUAUUGCCGAGUCUACGGACGCUCAAAACCGGCAAAAGCUCAAGGAGUUCCUAUCCUACGCCAAGGUUGAGAAAGGACUCUGGGGCCUUAGGAACGGCGAGACUCUCAUGGAUGAGAACUCAAUACGAGCGAUGAUCAAGCCUGAAGACGUCUGCCUGAUUGAUGGUAUGCAGUUGGGUAUGCAGAUGCUGGAAGACGCUGGUUUCGACCCUAACAACGUCAACCUGGAGGACGAAGGCGAAGAGGUUGCCGAGGAUGAGGACGACGAUCGCACGGGUGCAGGCACUGCCAAGGGUAGUAAGAAGGCUGCCGAGAAGAACGAAGAAAAAUUAGCAGACAAGAUGGCGCCGUGGAAAACCAGCAAGGCUUUCAUCGACGCAUGUGCUGGCAAGGCUAUGCUCAAGCUUCACGGACAAGGAGACCCGACUGGUCAUGGCCUUGGAUUCAGUUUCAUCAGAACUUCCAUGAAGGGCGGCUACAUCGAGACUGUCCAGAAAGGUGGAUCCCAUACCACUGCAGCUGACGCCAUGGCAGCACACCCUGACGCACAGCGGAAGGCGAACAACGGCCACGCUUACAACGUCAAGGAGCAAGAAGCCAUGUACAGAAAAGGCAUUCGUGAAAUUUGGGACAAGCAAAAAGACAGUCUGGAGGAUAGCACACAAAAGGACGAUGACCUCGUGGUGCCUCUGCCACCAGACGAAGAUGACCGGUUCAACCCCCAGCGAGCCCAGACUCCUGCCCAUGCCGACGAAGGGAUGAGUCAAAUUACCGGCCUGACGACAUCGACUAGCCGGAAUCAGCGAAAGAAACUCAAGAUUACCCGAGAAGUUCUCAAUGAUCAAGGUGCUGUCGAGCAAAAGGUCAUCAUUCUCGAAGACCCUGUGAUUAUAGACCGUUAUAUCAAGAGAAAGAAGGAGUUGGAGUUGGAGGAUUUCAAGUACGAACUCCCACCGCGUUACCCCCCUCCCGAUCCUAUUUCAGGUCUAUUAUUCAACCUUCAUGCGCUCCCCGCUCACAUAAUCUCGUGUUUAGUAUCUACGAAGGACGACCGACUGGUGUCGCUGAUGACGACCGCCGUCGUCUGGUUGAGUAGGCAUUAUCCUUCCGUAGAUGCUGAACACUUGAUUGACCACCUAGCAGGAUUGAUAAGGAGCUUGAACGGCUCAACCGAAACAAGCAGCGACGCAUCGGACGAGAGCAACAAAAGGGACUCCACCGUUCCAAGAGUGGACUCGACGCAGGGUCCCCGGAAGCAGACCGCGCUGCCACCGGUACAACCCGAAAGUGUGCCAAUUGUGGACAAGUCGGACACAUCAAGACAAACAAGAAGUAUUGCUCCCUUUGCUUUUCCUCUACCUCCCCGUCCCAGUUCAGAUCUCCGGAGCAUGUUCAGACGUGGGGGAAACAAUCGCUGGGUUCUCAAGCGGGAGCUCCUGUUGAGGGCACGCCAGCGAACACCAGCCCCGCCAAAGCAAAAAAGCGGCGGGAUUCAAAAGCACAGGAUACGCGACCGCUCAAAUGAAAAGGCCAAUAGGCGGGCAUCGUCCAAGGGACAGCCAAAACAGCCCCAAAAGCCAAAGGCAAAGAAGUUCAAGUACAACAAGUACACAUCCAAGCCCUACUGGCACAACAGCAGUAUGAGCACUAGGGUCAUAUAA